AUCGGAGGGCGUGACAAGCCAACCCACCACGCUCGGCGUUGCCGGAAGCCGAGCUAGGAGUAAGCUAACGAGGAAGACGUUGUGUUGAAAGAGCGACGCUGAUUAGUCAAUCUUAAAUCACGUGAAUGAAAGUCCACUUGUGAUUCGCUCUAAGUAAACCAGAGCCCAGUGGGCUGGAACGGGCCGGAACCUGAGGUGUGAGUAGGGCCCCGGGGAGAGUGGGGUCCAGGCUUUCUCUGAAUGCCUUCAUGGGAGUGUGCAGCAGGAAGACCGCACUGGAGCACUGAGGACACUUGAUCGUGCGGCGUGCAGGGUACGGAGCCCCCGCUGCCUCCCUGCAGGAUGACUGGCACUGUGCUUGGAGUCGGUGUGGGUGUCUUCAUCUUGGCCCUGCUCUGGGUGUCAGUGCUGCUGCUGUGUGUGCUGCUGUCCAGAGCCUCCGGGGCAGCGAGGAAAUGGGAAUUACUAAGAAUAAGCAGGAAUGCACCCAGCUGGUACCUGUCUAGGAAGAAGGACUUUGAGAUGAAGAGGUUCUCUGUCAUUUUUUUAUUCUUUGGUGCUGUGAUCCUCACAUCAGUUCUGUUGCUUUUCCCACGAGCUGAUGAAUUCCCAGCCCCAGAGGUGGAAGUUAAGAUUGUGGAUGACUUUUUCAUUGGCCGCUAUGUCCUGCUGGCUUUCCUUAGCGCCAUCUUCCUUGGAGGCCUCUUCUUGGUUUUAAUCCAUCAUAUUCUGGAGCCCAUCUAUGCCAAACCACUGCGCUCCUACUGAACACUCUUCAGGAAAAUGAAAACCUGUUCUCUUCUUCAUUGUGAUGACAUUGAUGAGCAGAAAGGCACUAUUCAGAGCCCUUGUUUUGACAGCCCUCGUGCCUUAAGAUUAGAGGAGUAUCCGUCCAUCACUAAGACAAAUCUCUUGAGUCCUGGCUUCCAGAAACAGAAUUGCCAAAUUGUCUCUGUGGGGCUAGAUUCUCACCAGCUUAAGAAGGAUAUUGCUGUCUUUUUAGUAUUCGUAUCUUAGGAUUUCCGACUGUUUUGAAAGGGAAAUAGUAAUGAUGAUCUGCUUAGAGUGGAUUUCCAGCCAAGUCCUUAGUAAGUGGAUUUUGGGGAAAAGACCUCAUUGGCUUCUGGUUCUUUUUGAUAAUAUAUAAAAUUCUUCAUUAGGAGGUUGCAGUCAUUUGCAAAGGAAAGGCACUCAAAUUCAAAAGGUUAUUUAAUGUGAUAAUUUGGAAGACUUGCUCAAAUGUUGGUCAUUGACCACUCUGUGCAUAUAUUUCCACAGAGCUCUAUAAAGGCAAUGAGUAUCACUUCCCUCUGCUCUAAUAAAGCAAUAAACAAUA